CGUUUCUUGUCACUUCUAUAUUUCCUUCUUGUAGGUGCUGACAGAACGUGAGCAGGCAGCGCACUAGAGCAGGAUUCAGCUCCUCAUACGACAUUUAUCGGAGAAAAUGAAAAGCGGAGCGAUCGUAGUCGUCUGCGCCGUCCUGGCAGCCGUGUCCGUUCUUGCACUAGAAGAAAAUGAAGACUUCUUUCCCCAUUUCACAAAGGAAAUUCCCAUGAAGCCAGCUUUGGAAUAUUCCACUUCUCAUCCUCCCCAUGUGACCAACCACACAACUGCUCCCCAUGUGACCAACCACACAACUGCUCCCCCUGUGACUAACCAUACAACUGCCCCUGUGACCAAUCAUACAACUGCUCAUGUGACCAAUCAUACAACUGCACAUGUGACCAAUCAUACAACUGCACAUGUGACCAAUCAUACAACAGCCCCUACUGUUAAGCCACCUGGACCAACACCACCUGGAACAAUGAAAGCAGGAGACUACAAUGUGACGACUGGAAGAGGAAAUGAAUUGUGUGUCAAGGCCAUCUUUGAAGCCGUGAUUAAGAAUCAAGGACAAAAACAGACUAAUACAUUCAUUAUACAGCCAGACCAGACCAAUUUCACCGGCAGUUGUGAUGCUAUGACCGCCAAACUGAACCUGACCUUUACUCAAGGCAACUUGCGGUUUGUCUUUACCAAGAACACAACUAGCAACACAGUGUUUGUCAGCAGCAUCGAAGGCCAACUGAAAUAUUCAUUUGAUAAAGACACAGCAGUGGAUCAAUCAUUCAGUAAUUAUUCACUAAGGUUACUUGAGAUGAAGAUUGGAUCAGCUUUUGUCUGCAAGCAACAGUCGGUAUCACUGGGCAACAACUUGUACUUGGAACUCAGCAAAGAACAUGUGCAAGCCUUCAACAUCACCAACGGAAAUUUUGGACCAGAUGACAUUUGCUCUGCGGAUAAAGGAAACUACAAUAUUGCCAUUGCCGUAGGAGUGGUUCUUCUCAUCCUGAUCAUCAUUGUCAUCGUUUGCUACAUCAUCAGCCGAAGGAAGAGUCAAAAUGGCUAUCAGGCUCUCUAAGUAGCCAUUCCCUGAUUGCUGCUCAAAUUUUUUCUUUGGGAUCCAUGCUUGUUUUAAGCUCCACAUUGACCUUGUUGAAUCCUAUACCACUUGAAAGAGCGCCACCCAGAGUGCAAGAUGUGUCAGGUUUUAGUACUGACAAAAGGGCUACAGUUUAAUACGUUUCAUUUUGGCUAUCGGAUAACUGCAUACAGUAUAAUUUGAGCAGAAUGGGUACCCAUUUGGAUCAUACAUUAUUUUUUCCAAAGGGAGUGAGGGGUGGAGGUGGGGUGGGAUAAGGGGCCUGCUGCUGUUUUGGAAUAAUUUGACGAGGAGCUCUGUCUCCAUUCGUUUUUCUGUAAUAAAGCUGAUUUGAGAAAAUAAAUGCUUUCAUUUUUAUAGUAAUUGCUUAUACCAGUUCCUCAUUGUUCCUCAUUGUUGCAGUUCCAGCAAUCAGUAGCAUUUUGUAGAUUGCUAAUUUUCUUGGUUAAUGCCAAUCAGAUUUCCACAAGAACAUUUCAGCUAGCAGAAGAUGGACUUUGUAUUGAAUGCCUCUGAGGGGUCUAACGUGCUAUGUUCCUGUGAAUGAAUGUAGACACCAUGGAGUUAUGGUACAUUAAAAGACUCCUUGCUCCUUAAGAGACAAUAAUGUUCUAACAUAUUGUACUUUCUUUUAUUUGACAGCAUUAUUAAAUGUUUGCUCCAUCUUCAGCUACCCCGGU